CUAGUGCAGACAGCGUCUGCCUAGCUGAUGAGUGCAUCAGAGGGUGGUGAAGGUUCGAUUGACGAUCGCAGGCAAACAGGCAGGAUGAGUACCUGUAAUGUUCCAGGUCCUACUACCAGGGGAAGAAAGAAGGAUAAGGGCCAAAGCAAGGACCCAUAGAUUAGAGACUGCAAGGGAAGCAGUAGCAGCUGUAGAAAGAUUGUUAGCGGCAGCCGCAGCUAGCGCUGUAGCAAUCGCUACUUCUGCAGCAACAACUGCUGCAACCUCGUCUGGAUAGUUAGGCAUCCCGCUUGGCUGGAACAGGUCACAGUCCUCCAGUAUGUCAAAUCUGGCACUAGUCAGAUGGCGGGCUCGCACAGCUCGCCGCCUCCACGCACCCAGGAGCAGAUGGAGCUCCAACAAGUCGAGAGGAUCCACAUAGGGCUAGCGGAGGAACUUAGAAAAGCUAUCGAAAGAGAAAACGAAAUUAGAAAUAAGAGUAUCAGACUAGAGAGCAGAGAGGCAGACAAAGCUGCACUAGAGGGUUUAGAUGACUCCGCCCUGGACAACAACAUGAAGGUUGUUAAGGCGAGCAUCUUGUCCAUGCAUGCAUACAUGGACAGUAAACUGAACGCUAUCCAGGACACCCUAGAUCAGAUCCUGAAUGCCCUGCAAAAGCUAGGGGUCAGGCCAACAGUUUUGCCAUUGCAACCAUUCUCGGCGAUGACAGGCCCAUAUUUGUCUCAGUCUGGUACCACACCAAGUUGUACAUCAGCAGCAGCAGCACAGACUGUUGCUUCUUCAUCUUCUGGUCCAGCGGCUGGAGCUACACCACAGUCGCCACCUGUCCCGCCAGCAGGACAGCAAUUGCCUUGGUUCCGCAAGACCCCCUUGAAACCACCUCCAACCUUCUCAGGAGAUAAGAAGGACGAGGCUCUUGACACGUGGUUGAGAAUGGUGCCAGUGUGGUUGAGGGCAAAGAGGACAUUGGUAGAGGAGGAAGUGAUAAUUGUUGCAUCCUACUUAGAGGGUUCAACAACUCGUUGGUUAAACGAAUUCGUUGCUUCAAAAGGGUUCGACAGGAACAUGGGUGAUUGGAUUCAGACCCACACCUUAGAAAGCUUUACGGAUCUAGUGGAAGCACGUUGGCACAACCCUCAGCAGGCACAAAUUGCCAGUGAUGAGUUAUUAAAGUUUGAUGCUAGGAAGUACAAGUCGAUGCGAGAGCUUACCACAACCGUAGAGCGUCUGAUUGUCGUCCCAGGUGUGGAGUACAAUCCACAGGUCUUGCUGACCAUGUGCUUGAGGUGUCUUCCCACAGACAUCAAGAACUUGUUAGCCACCAAAGCUCGACUUGAGUAUCACACUUUUGAGACAUUCAGCAAGAAGGCCCUAGACUUAGAGGCUACGAUGGGUGGUGCUCAAACCAUCCCGACGGACGGAAGAAAGGAGAAGGCUCCACAAUAGACCUUCAAGAGUAUCUCCAUGGACUUCAUGGAUACGCUUGUGACCAGCAAGAAUGGCAAGAGGCACAUCUUCAUCAUAGUUGAUAGGUUCACUAAGUUUGCUAGACUAAUUGCCAUGCCGGAGACCGCCAGGACUGAACACGUCAUCAAGUUAUUCAUGGAUAACUGGGUGAGAGAGUUUGGGCUGCCAAAGACGAUCAUUAGUGAUAGAGAUGUGUGUUUCACAAGCGAUAUGUGGAAGAAGGCCGCUGAGCAGAUUGGCAGCCAGCUCCAAAUGACUUCUGGGAAUCAUCCCGAAGCCAAUGGGCAGGCCGAACAGAUGAACCAGGUGGUGCAGCAUCUGCUGAUGCAUUAUAUUAAGCCCAGCCAAGAUGAUUGGGAUGAGAAGUUACCUCUCAUCGCCAGUCUGUACAAUAAUGUUGUAUACAGCACCACAGGGGUCACCCCGAAUCAGCUGCACCCUGGGGGGAAGCCUAGAUCUGCACUAGACUUCCUCCUUCAUGAAAACCGACCUGCUGCAACUCCUCGAACAAUUGAAUUUGGUGUCCAGUACGAGAAGUUGCUGCAGCAAGCUAUCGAGAACAUCAAGAAGUCUCAGAAAGCAAUGAUUGCUUCUGGAAACAAGCAUCGCCGACAGUCCAUAUUUCAAGUAGGGAAACGUGUCUGGGUUAAGGCUAGUGAACUGGGACAAGAGUUCGGCAUCUCUAGGAAACUAAUGCCUCAGUACUUCGGUCCCUGGGAAGUCCUGGAUGUUGUGGGUAGUGAGAUGGAUGGUCCCUCGUACGUUGCUCGUAUCCCUGGUCACUUACGCACUUACCCUGUUUUCCACGCCUCAAAGGUCGCUCCUUUCGCUGAGACAGAACAGCUCCCAUCACGGAGAUCUAUGCUGCCCCCAACCAUGGAUGGCCACGUGGACGUCAACGAUAUCUUGGAGCACAACGACAUGCCUGUUCCCAAGCCAGUUGGCAGGGGUAGACCGCCUAAACCUGCAAGGGAGUACAGAGUAUGGUUCAAGCAUCAUACGGAUCCUAAGGAAGAUCGAUGGUUUACGAGGGAGGAAGUAGUCAAGACAGCUCCUCAGAUCGUGGCCGAGUAUGAGAAGAAACUGAAGGGGACGGCACCAGUAUGAAGCAUCUUAGUGGACUUUCGAAGAUAAGGAGUCAAGACAGCUCCUCAGAUC